CUCAAUUUCCUUUCACGGUCAUUUCCUUUGUUCUCAAAAUUUUAGUCUCUCAAAACCUAAUUCCCCACUGUUAGUUUCUCCCACCAAACCCGUCCGUCCUUUAAUCUCUCACUCUUUCAUUUCUAUUACCUAGCUUGAAGAACUCAUAGGUAGAUGUCGAAUCUGGGAAAGGAUAACCAGCUACUCUUUUACACAAUCAGUUGAUGAAAUCUCAUGGAUAAUAAACCAAUGUGAAAAGACGACACGUUAAUUUACAGCACAAUUUGUGUACAAGUUGGUUUUUGAGGGCGUAUCGAAUGGAGAUGGUCUGACAUUGAUGUGUGCUUAGGUUUGUGAGAGACUAGAUUACUACACAGGCCAAAGAAAGAAAGAAGGAGAAACUGACCAGAUUUGUUUGGCCUUCUCGUUUUGCAUACCGGAGGUAAUCUAUGGAUAUCAGGGGCCCACUGUACGUGUACUUGUUGCUUGCAUUCUUACUCAUCCAUCUUCCAACAAGAUCAGUUGGCAAGUGUAACAACCUACAACACACCAGCUCAUUGCCGUGCUCGGAGAAAUAUCUUUCGGAAUCUUACUUGAACAAACACGACAUCAUAAUUGAUUCUAACUUCCAAAGUUUCUUGAAGCAUGACUUUCUCCUUCACCCCUGUAAAUCGUUCGAAAAUCUAAAUACAGUGAUUAAAGUACCAGUUUUGCACAGGGAUCUGAUUGGUGAAGGCUCUCAUCGUCGCUUAUUUUCUUCCUUAAGGGUCAGUAUCCAGCCUCAUACAACCAUAUCAGAGCUACCAGAGCACUUCUGUGAAGCCGUGGUUAUUGAAAGACUACCAUCUGGAGUCUUUGCAGACCCAUUUGAGUUGCAACAUCUCGUCCAACGUGGUGUCUUUGUAGACGCUGCUGUUUUUGGUGAUACAAAUUUGGAAUUACCUUCGGCUCUUUCCAACAGAUCAGUUGUCGAAGUUCACAUGGAUAUAGGUCACAACAUUCUAUCGAAGCACACCGAUGAAUUGAAAAUCAACCUAGAGCUUCCAUUGCAUGCACGAUACCCGCCUCUUGAUGGAAGUGGUUACUCAAACGUGGAAGUGAGUAUUCCAGAUUUGUUUAUUCGUUGCUCCACUGAACGUAAUGGGGCACGCGAAAGAUGUUUUUGGGCGAAAAGAGCUGAACACGUCCAAUCCCUAGCUGAUGCUGUUCUUUGGAGAAUCCCUUCUGGCAACAAGGCACACUCUCAAAUAGUAUCUUAUGUUACUUUUACCGCAGCCUUCUUAUCCACGGUGUUAAUUGUUCUUGCUGCUGUAUGCUAUUCACCAAAUACCAGUAGCUCUAAAAGCUUGAAAAAACUACGAAAAAGCUGAAUUCAGUUUUACUUUGCCUGUCAGGACUCAGGCAUACACAUUCUUAUUUGGUUAAUAAGCAAUCAUUUUUUAUUGUUUUUUGUUCCCUGUUCUUGUAAAAUUGAAGAAUAAUUUUAUUUUCAUCCAUGUCCACGGACUCUUUCUACCAAGUUUUU